CAUGCGCCUGGAAAAAUGCGAUCGCAGCGAUGGGUUACGAUGGUAAGCCAGCCUGUCUGUCUGUAAAUACAUAAACAAUUUAAUGAAAUGAAAUUGCUAUCUUAUUUGAAACUAGACAUUAUUAUUAUCAAUGUUGAAAACAGUUGUGUACAAGUUCUAUAUAUAUAUAUAUAUAUAUUUUGCACAAUUGAAGUGGACCUGUCUGGAUGAAGUCCACCUGUAUUGUAUUAAUGGCCCGGAAGUCUGAAAUUAGCAUUAUUAUGUGAAAUGUUUACAAUAUGUUUUAUCCGUAUGAUAUUUGAUAUUUUCAUUUGUUAUACUUUUUUGCAUUUUGCCUUCUUUUUCUGUAGGGUCUGUAAGCAUCACAAAAGUUCACCACUCUCUGUGCGCAAUGGCUCAAUAUUCACCAAAUCUCACACCCCUUUGGUGAAAUGGCUUGAGUUUAUAUAUAUAUAUAAACCAUGUAAAACCUAAGCUUAUUAUAAACUUAAAAUGUAACAUUUAAAAUUUAAAAUAUUACAGUUUUUACGGCUUAAAUACAAAUACAUUAAAGAUUUGUAGUGUGUGAAUUAUACUUGUGUAUUUAUCAACAUCAGCUCAGCCCUGCAUAUUGCAAUACACAGACUCCAUUUUCAGAAUUCACCAGAAAAAAUGUUGUUGAUGUGCCAAACAGUGGUAGAAAAGUUUUUACACCAAUGUCAUAUUAUACUAUUUGAAUCAAAAUAAAGAGGGGGCUAGUUUUGUUUCGCAAAGGGUUGUUUGCUUUUACCCAGUUCAGUGACAGGAAAUUAUGCAGGCCAGGCCAUCAAUGCAAAAACAGUACAAUUUUAAGUGACUCUAAUUAGGUGUUUUAAUAUUUGUUCCUUCCCUACAGGUUUGCACAAGGUUUGCAGUUGAAGCAGCUUGCCAUGAUCAAUGACGGUAUAGCAGGAAGCUCAAAGACACUGACAAGAAUGACAAAAGUACUCAGAAAGGUGUGCAUUGCUGCCCUCAAGAGACUGAGGAUCAGAGGAAUGAGAAUUGGUGGUCAACAUCGAUUUGUUGUUAUCGACGAGAGCAAAUUUGCUCACAAACGAAAGUACCAUCGUGGCCGAUGUGGCAACAAGUGGGUCUUCGGGAUGCUAGAGGUUGAUGGUCUUUCCAGAAGACCCAUUCUGAGACUCGUCAAGGACCGCUCAAGGCAAACACUUAUAAGCCAAAUUCAACGACAUAUCAGACCUAGAACAUCAAUCCUUACGGAUGAAUGUCGUGCCUACAACAGACAGCUUUCCCAGUACGGAUAUCGUCAGUAUUGUGUCUGCCAUAAAAGACACUUUGUUGAUCCAGGGACUGGUGCUCAUACUCAGCAUAUUGAGCGUGCAUGGCAGAAUUACAAGUUUGAAAUAUGGCGUCGUAGAGGAAAUCGUACUACUGAGUCACUGAAAACUCACCUCAAAAUGAUAGAGUGGCACCACUGGUUAGGUGUACACCAUUAUGAUGGUGUCUUAGGUAGACUUAUUCAUGUAAAAAAGUAAAAAAUGUAAAAAAGCAUGUCAAGACAAUAUAAAUGUGUAGGAUGCUGUAAUUAACUGUUUUUGCAGUGAUAUGGACCAAAUGCUGCAUUGCUUAACCCCCACCAUUGUUUUAAUUCAAUUUUGGGUGAA